AUGUGGGCCCCGGCGGCCUCGCCGGCGGGCAGGGCGCCCCGACCGCCGCCGCGGUUGCCGGCGGUGGUACGGGUCGUCGUCCCGCUGCCUGUCGCGGCGAGGGUGCGGGGGCUGCCGAUGCCGCCCAGUCGGCUCUGCCUAGCCGCGCCGCGUGCAUCGGAAAUGGCGGCCGCGGCCGAGGACGGGGAGGGGGAGGGGGAGAGGAGGUGGUGGAGGGGCGCGGAGGAGAUGGACGCGGCUGUGAGGCGCGAGCUGGCGAUCCGGAGGCUGCAGCAGGAAGCGGAGGAGGCGGGGACGGGGAGGAGCAGGCGGGAGUUCGCCGUGUUCGAGACGGCCAGGGGAGACACGCUCUUCACGCAGUCGUGGACUCCCGCCUCCGCCGACCCCGUCAGGGGUAUUGUUGUUCUGCUACAUGGUCUAAAUGAGCAUAGUGGAAGAUACGACCAUUUUGCAAAGUUGUUGAAUGAUCAAGGUCUUAAAGUUUAUGCGAUGGAUUGGAUAGGACAUGGCGGAAGUGAUGGCGCGCAUGGUUAUGUUUCAUCGCUUGAUCAUGCUGUUGGUGACUUGAAAGAAUUUUUAGAGGAUGUUGUGUUAGAAGAAAACUAUGGUUUGCCAUGCUUCUUAUUUGGCCACUCCACAGGUGGAGCUAUUGUUUUGAAGGCAGCACUAGAUCCUUGUGUGGAAGUUCAUAUAGAAGGUUUGAUCUUGACCUCGCCAGCUAUUCACGUUCAGCCAUCUCAUCCGAUUAUCAAAGUUGUUGCACCAAUCUUCUCGGUGUUGGCUCCGAAAUACCGGGUUAGUGCUUUGCAUAAGAGAGGGCCUCCUGUUUCCCGUGAUCCAGAGGCUCUGAAGAUCAAGUAUGCAGAUCCACUUGUGUAUACUGGACCGAUUAGAGUUAGAACAGGCAACGAAAUCCUCCGGAUAUCAUCAUACUUGCAGAGAAACUUAAGUAGAGUUACAGUCCCUUUUCUAGUUCUUCAUGGGACAGCUGACACGAUAACUGACCCAAGAGCAUCCCAACGACUUUACCAAGCAUCAAUGUCGACUCAUAAAUCAAUCAAGCUAUAUGACGGAUAUUUACACGACCUUCUCUUCGAGCCUGAAAGGGAUGAUAUAGCCAAUGACAUCAUCACUUGGUUGAGCUCAAGACUUAAUGCUCUCCACAGAUGGUAG